GUAUCUGGUUGUUGGUGUGUGUGUGUGUGUGUGUGUGUGUCAGAUAGUAUGUGUCUACUCUUUAAGAGGAGGUUUCCCCUCAGUCUGACAGCAGUCUGACCUGGGACGGCUGCUGACUCUGGACGUGAUCUCUCUUCACCUGGUGAACCUAAACUCUAAGCUACAGCCAUGGCUCGUCUGGAACAAGUCAUUACAAACAUUGUGGAUAUAUUUCUGGAUUAUGCUGACGAUGAAGGCAAGAAACACAAGUUGAACAAAGAUGAAUUGAAGAAGGUGCUGGAGCAAGAAAUACAAAGCCCCGAGUUAAAAGAUAAAAUAAAUGCAGGUGACAUCGAGGAAGCCAUGGAGAUGCUGGACAAAAACCACGACGGCGAGGUCAACUUCCGAGAGUUUUGCCGUUGUGUGUCUGUCCUGGCCAAAUCUUACUACCAGAAGAAGACAGGCAAGGGUGGCAAGAAAGGCAAAGGGAAAGAACAAGGAGAUGAACCAGAAGACUGAAGAAGGUUAACAACAAACCCUUAAAAUGUUUGUAGCACCAUAAUGCAUUUAAAAACAUUUUUUACAGUAUGUAUAUGUUAUAUAUGACACUGCUGAUCUUGAAAAACAUAAGCUACUGGUGUUAGGCCAUUUGCUGAUCUAUCAUAAAGUUUGUGUUUUAAACAUGAAUGCAAAAUGUGAUAUUCAUUGUCUUUGUAGAUCUCUGGUUUUCAAAGAUCUUUCCAUCAAUACUUCCUGAAAAAAAAAAAACUAUGAAAAUUGA